AGUUCGAUAUCUUAAUCUCCCCGAUUCUGAAAGCUGGAGAUGUAUAACCCCAUCGUGCUGGGUUUACUCGGUUUACUGUAUAUCGAAACCUAAUUAAACCGACUAAACCUAAUUCGAACCGAAAUAAACCUAAUUACUACCCGAUUACAACCCGAUUUCAUUCACUUAACCCCAAAACGAAAUUUCUCGACGAACCCUAGAAACUCAGAAUCGAAAAUCGAAGCUCUUCGAUCUGCUGCUCAAAAUCUUGGAGAUGUCGGUAGUUCCUCAUGAUCCUGAUGUUCUCGGCGAAGCCGAAGCCGUCGGCGAUGUCGAUCCUGAAGCUAAUGACAGAGAUGAAUUUCACAUGGAAGAGAUGCUAAGGGAGUGGACCGACGAACCACCAAUCCGCCACGAUGUGUACCCGGAGAGUGAGAAUGAAGAAAACGACGACGAACCUGGAAGAUUUGAUACACAUGUAAGGCGUGGUGAUGGCCAUUUGUACUCGAAGCAGAGUUUCUUCAGUGGAGUUGCAUUCAAAGAGGCGGUUGUUGAUUACGCUCUCAGAACCGGAUGCAAUCUGAAGCAGUACAGGUAUGAUAGUGAUAAGAUUGGAUUCAAAUGUGUUGGAAAUGAUGGUAAGGAGGAUGGAGCUCGGUGUGAAUGGCAAGUUUAUGCGGCAAUACUUCCGAAGGAUCAAAUGUGGAAGAUUAGGAAAUUCAUUGACAAACAUAGCUGUAUCCCAAAUGGAGAAUGUGAGAUGUUUAAGGUGCCUCAUAUAGCUAGGUUGUUUGUCGACAAGAUUAGGGAUAAUCCCGAGUUCUACAUGCCGGCAAAGAUUGAAGAAAUCAUCUUGGAACAAUGGAAGAUUAGUGUGACUAGGAAUCAAUGUCAGUCUGCGAGGAAGAAAGCGUUACAGUGGAUUGAGAAGGAGUAUGAUGAUCAAUUUGCAAGGCUAAGGGACUAUGCGGCUGAGAUUGUAGAUUCAAACAAGGAGUCACAUGUUGAGGUAGAUUGUCUGACGACUGAUGAUGGUAAAGACAUCUUUAAUAGGUUCUAUGUUUGUUUUGACAGCCUUAGAAGAACAUGGAAGGAUUCUUGUAGGCCUCUGAUAGGUAUUGAUGGCUGUUUUCUAAAGAAUAAGGUUAAGGGACAGUUACUGGUAGCAUUAGGUAGGGAUGCUAACAAUAGGAUCUAUCCUAUAGCUUGGGGUGUGGUUAAGGUAGAGAACACAGACAAUUGGGUUUGGUUUGUGAAGCUGUUGAAAGAGGACUUGGGUUUAAGCAAUGGUGAAGGGUUCAUCAUGAUGUCUGAUAGACAAAAGGGUUUAAUCAAAGCUGUUCAGCUUGAGUUACCUAAUAUAGAGCAUCGGAUGUGUGUCCAACACAUCUAUGGGAACUUAAAGAAGACUCAUGGUAGUAAAACCAGGAGUGCAUGUACACCUUAUGUUGCCAAGUUUCUAGCUGGUGAACACAAGCUCGCUUCUACUGCCAAAGUAUCUACAAGCACCAAUGGAAUGUAUGAAGUGAGGCAUGGUUCUGAUUAUCACCGAGUAGACUUAAAGGCAUACACUUGUACAUGCAGGAAGUGGCAGAUCUGUAGCAUCCCGUGUGAGCAUGCAUAUGGAGUCAUUCUCUACAAGAAGCUUGAACCUGAGAACUUUGUGUGUCAAUGGUUCAGGACAGCAAUGUGGAAAAGAAACUACACGGAUGGCGUCUGUCCACAAAGAGGACCUAAGUUCUGGCCUGAGAGUCAUAGGCCUAGAGUCCAUGUGCCUGAGUCACCAGAAGGAGAAGACAACAAGAUGACAAAAGCUGAGAAAAAAAGGAAAAAGGGUUUGAAUGAGUCUCCUAGUAAGAAGCAGCCAAAGGCAAAGAAAAGAAUCAUGCAUUGUCGUGUUUGUGGGCAAGCUGAUCACAAUUCAAGACACCAUGCUAAAGAUAAGGUAUGUGAGAUUCUUGUUGUGUUUGUGGCAUUUGUUGGAUUAUACUAA